UAUAAUUUUAUUUCUCAUCUACCAAAAAGAAUUCUUCUUAAAUUCAAAAUUUACUCUGAACGUAAAUUUGUUGCCUCCUUUCACAAACAAUGCUAACAGCCAAAGAACUUCAGAGGCACGCACAUGCGCAGCAUCGAAAACGUGUGCAAGAAGCGAAGACCAUCAUUGACACCAAAGCUCCGCUAUUGCAUGCUGGUAAUUUCUCAGGUUUUUCCAAAAUGAAAGAUGACAUUCAAACCUUUAGGGAGAGGCAUAAAACCAAUGCCCAGCUUUUGGUACGCAUGAAUGAAAUUUUUCGCCUUAAGGGUGUUACGGACUGCUUUCGCACCAAAGAAACUGCAGCAACACCUUCUUCUAUACCCAGGCGUAUUAAGGAAAUGGAGAAAAUCGAAUCAACCAAUAUGAUAUUGGGUAAAAGAAUAUUGUGCGUGAAGCCAGAAUUGGAUACAUGGCAGAAGAUCAAGAAGCCCUUAAAGGCAAGGCAGGAAAAGCCAAAUCACCAGCCUAAAUUUUUGAUACCUUGGGAUAUACUCAAAAAAUAUUCUUCUUUGAAUGUAUCAAAGUAUGGCCCACGCUUGGAUAUUCUUAUGCGUCCCAAAAUUUGGUUGGAAGUGUCUAUCAAAGAAGUUUGCCCAGUGGGUCGCUUGGUUAUACAUUUGCAUACCGAGGCAGCUCCUGCUGUGGUCUUGGAAUUAAUGCGCCUAUGUGGUAACCAUCACAACAAUAGUUUGUCAUUUGUCAAAAUUUUCCCCUCACUUUGGCUGGAAGCCCAAUUGCAGCUGGGCGAUAAGACUAUGCUUUGCCGAACCCUGGAAUACGAUAAAAGAGCUUUGGAUCAUGGCAAUUAUGCAGGAGUAUUAUCCUUUUCUUUGGAUCAUUUGAAUUUGCUUGAGGAAGACAAAGAAACCUCACUUAUGUUUGCCAUUAGUUUUAGACCUUUGGGGUUAUUAAAUGGACGACGUGUGGGUUUUGGUCAUGUAAUUGAGGGCCUGGAUAUAUUAAAUUUUAUUCAAGCCUAUGGCACUAAAAAUGGCAAACCAACCAAAGAAUUUGUGGUGUCAAAAUGUGGUGUAUUUGUGAAUUAAUAAAACAUGUAUGGCAUUAAUGUUAA